AUGGGCAGGAAGAGCAAGAAGGGCGGCGGCAGGAAGCCGCCCCGCCCCGCGGUGGGCGCGCCGCCGCCGCCGCCGACCAACGCGGACUGGGACGACUCCACCGCCGCAUUCAGGAAGGAGGCCGAGUCCGCGAUCCGCGCCCUGUCCGACGGCGGCGGCGCAGCGGCGGCGGCCCGCCUCGCGGAGCGCCACCCGGCAUCGCCCCUCGCGCACCACGUACUCGGCCACGCGCGCGCCUCGGCCGCGCGGGCGGGCGACGCGGUCCCGGCGCUCCGCCGCGCCGCGGAGCUCGCCCCGCGGUGCCCCGGGAUCGCCGCCACGCUGGCCUCCGCGCUCCUCUACGCGCGCCGGCCCGGCGAGGCCCUCGCGGACGCCGACGCGGAGGCCCUGGAGGCCACGGGGUUCCGCCACGCCGCCGCGCCGCUGCAGCCGGUGAUGGCGCCGACGAAGAUGUCCUGCUGCUGCCGCCACGCCACCAAGCGGAGCGCGGUGACCGACGACGACCUGCGUGGCUUUCUCACGGUGAGCUUCGACGACCUGACGGCGCACUGCGACCAAACGGGCAGCGUGCAUCUGCUCACCAGGGCAGUGGAGUUUGCCAAGGCCACGAAGGCGUGGGCAGUAUGGCUGUGCCCUGUCUGCGACAAUGCUUUCUUGGACGCGAACUCGUUCUUGUUACACGUCGAGGGCGAGUACAUUCAUGAGCUUCAGGAAUUGCAGCCAUUGAUGCCCAAAAGAGCAGCCUUGGAUGCUGACGAGUUUCAGUUUUCCUUGAAGUGGACGCCAUUUGAGCUGGGAGAAGAAGACCCCGAGCGAAGAAGAAACUUGGACAAGAUCAAGGAGGUCUUUUCUUGUCUCAAUACAUUUAAGGCUCUCCCUGUUGGCCUUAUGGACAAGGUCAUCAAAUUAGCGAGGGGCAGGUCCAAGAAACCAUUGCCAUGUUGCAUUCCUUCCUGUGCCACCUCGUUGGAUACCAGGGAACUUCAGAGGCUUGUGAAACCAUUGGAACAGCUUCGUAACCAUUUGACCAGAGGCAGGGAAUUUGUGAGGACUUUGGUUAACGAAGGGAAGAGCAAGGGUCGUUCUGAGAUCAUAUCUCUGGUUCAAGAUGGGAGCUUAGUGUUAUCCUUGGACGCUGAGAAGAUUGUUACAAGAAAAAAGGAUGGUACUUACUCCUUACUUUGCAUUUUAAUGGCGGAUUCUAUAGAUGUUGAGAUGUUGCUAUUGGAUAAUGAAGUGGGCUAUUUAAAGAACAAGCUCGUGGAAGUUUGUACUUUUGAUUACAGUGCUGCCAUUUUGCCUCUUAUUACGGCCUAUAUAUGGGAUAAGUUGAAUAAUUCUCCAGAAGACUUGCGGGAUGGGGUUGAUAAAGGUGCUGUCAACAAUGGAGAUGGUUUUGACAGCCUGCAUGCUGAAUCUUUAUUCGAAGAUAAAAUUCUAGACACUGAUUCAGAUGUGCAAUUUACGAUCAGCAGGACAGAUGAAUGUGAAAACUCCUCGCUCUCACAAUCAGACAGCUCGAAUUUUUCAACCGUUGAAACUGAAAGUUUUUCCAUCGACAGUGGAGUGGCCACUGUACUUCACAUUACUGCUGACGAUCUGCAGAUAUUGAAUGUGACUCUCCGGGCAUUGUGGCAUUCAAGGCAAUUCCAUGAUAGGUUUGUGAAUAUGCCACUUGUACUGCCUCAUUUUACAGUUGAAGUCCACUGCAUUGUCUGUCUGUUGCGAAAAUUAUUUAAUGCAUGGGACAAUGAGAAAGACCACGGAGUCACUACUUUUCCAAGUGAUGUAAGAACUGCUUUCAGUGGUAUUUUGAAUGAUCAGAAUCUUUUGGGGAAGGAAGGUGUGAACAUUGUAUCAGAGACUGUAUCAAUAAUCUUUGAGGCAUUGCACAAGUCACAUGCUUCUCUGCAUUCUGACAAUCCAGCAUUUGAACACCAAGCAAUAAGGGCUAUGAGAUUUCUUGAUUUCGCAUGUCUAGCACAUAAUGUUUUUGGUUUGCCCAUUAGAGAACAAAAGAAAUGCAACUGUCUAAAUGAAUCCUCCGAAGAGAAGGACUACACUACAUUUUUCCAUAGCGUUGAUGUCAGUGCAAUUCAAACAAUGGAGAUGAAAUCAUUUGGUCAGCUCCUGAGAGAUGCGGACAAGCAGAAUCAGUAUGACUCUGAGAACUGCCCAUGUGGGAAUAAAACUGAGCGUUCUCUUCAAUCUGCAUCUCCUGUUUUUGCUGUUGUGUUUAACUGGGCGAUUGAUAAGGAAAGCCACAUAGACAUGUCAGAAGUACUGAUGAACAUAACCACACCGUUGCAGUUUGAUGUGCUUUAUGAAGUCCUGCGUCGAGAAGAGUAUACUCUGGCUACAGCCGUAUGUUGUGUUGAGGAGGAACAUCUCUGCUUUGCCUGGAAAGAGGGAAAAUGGAUCAUAUAUGGAAGCAAGACAAUAGAGUUUGCAGAUUCUUGGGAGAGUUUGCUCCAUCGGUAUCGCCAUAGAAGUCUCCGACCCCAAAUACUUUUCUUUGACUGUGUUAGAUAUAGCAGUAUUCGUUGAUCACUGCUGCUGAAGUUAUUUUCUCAUUUGAUUGUGGUAGCAUUCACAUGGAUAGAUGCAAAGCCAAUUUGGUGCCACAAUCUUUUGUACAUCCUUGUCUAGUCUUGAUUAGAUAUUUAGGUGCCAUUUAGCUGAAACUUGGUUCACAUUAUUUAGCUUUAUAGCGCAGUUUCUUGAGAAGCUAAGAUAUCAUAUAGUGCUUUGUGCAAGGAAA